GCCCGGCCCCGGAAUAAAGUGGCCCACACACCCUGUACAGGUAGCAUCACCGAUCCGCUGACAUUACUCCGCUCCACACCGUUCUGUCGCUUCUUCUCCCAGCCCGCGGCGGUCUCGCCCUCCUCCUCCUCCUUCUCGCCUGGCCUCUGCUGGACUUGCCGUACAGAGACUAUGGCCACCACGGUGCUGACCAUGAGUACCAGGCUGGGACGCUUGGACGAACCUGUCUUCACACAGCUCAAACCUGUGCUUGGGAAUGGGGGGCAGCCGCCCACUAGAGGGGAGCCCUCCACCGGGGGAGCGGUGUUCGCCGAGGACAUGAAGAGCUCCCGGAUGUUACCCGAUGACAUGGCCCAGACUAGAUGCGAAAUGGAUAAGUAUCUUUCACCUCACCCAGCUUCAGUUUGCAUGAUCCAAGAUCAGAAGAAAUACAGGAGGGACAGUGCAUCGGGUAUUGAUCAGUUCUUCAAUGACAGCGAUGGACUGCCUUACAGUAUCAACAUGAACGUCUUCCUCCCAGACAUCACGCAUCUCAGAACAAACUUGUACAAGGCUCAGAGGCCUACAGUCACCCACAUUAAGACGGAACCUGCUUUCAGCCAGCAGAGCGAACCAGCGGUCACUCAGCCUCUUCCAGAAUUCACCAGCAUCUUCAGCAACCACCAGAACGCAGAUCUAAAUAACAUUUACAUCAAACAAGAGAUGCCAUCGCCGGAAAUCCAGAUCCCUGUCAACCACCAGCACGGUCAGCUGUACCAGUUGUUGAGUUCGUCAGAAAUGGACCUAAGUUCCACAAACCAAACACCGGUGAUGGACACUAUGAGCAAUGCUUCCUUGUCUGCAGAACUAACUGGAUUCAACACACUCCCCACCCCUGUAACACAGACUGCAAUGAAGCCAUUUCAGGGCAUUCCCCAAUGUUCAUAUAAUAUGCAUGGGCAGUUCAUGCAACAGCAAGAAGGGACCUACUUCCCACCUUCUCCUCCCAGCUCAGAACCUGGUAGCCCAGAUCGGCAAGCAGAAAUGCUCCACAGCUUAAAUCCACCACCUUCUUAUGCAGCCACCAUUGCUUCCAAGAUGGCCAUUCACAAUCCGGCCUUAACUACUUCAGUGCAAAUGGCACCAACUACCAUUCAGUCUGUUCGCUACAACCGCAGAAACAAUCCAGAUUUGGAGAAAAGACGAAUUCACUAUUGUGAUUAUCCCGGCUGCACAAAGGUGUAUACAAAGUCAUCCCAUUUGAAAGCUCACCUGAGAACACAUACUGGAGAGAAGCCAUACAAGUGUACGUGGGAAGGCUGUGACUGGAGAUUCGCCCGUUCUGAUGAACUGACUCGUCAUUACAGAAAACACACAGGAGCUAAGCCCUUUCAGUGCGCAGUUUGCAACCGAAGCUUCUCCCGCUCUGAUCACUUAGCCCUACACAUGAAGAGACAUCAGAACUAG